AUGGCAUCUAGAAGAACCUGUCAACAACUAUGGCGCACUCAACUCACCAUUACAAACGGCAUCACAAGCCGAAGCAUCACAAAACCAGCAACAAUCGCCAGAACCCUGCCCACAACGACGACAGCAAUACUCCUCCCCAAAGCCCGACUUACAACUCAAUGCCGGCAAUCAAAUUCCUUCUCAUCUCAACAUCAAAUUCGCCCAUUCUCAAGCCGUUCUCCUAAGACAGAAGCAGCAGCGGCGGCGCCCGUCACCCCGAAAUGGACGCCGCCUAGCGACCCCACUUCCCGGCCCGUUGUCAUCCUCGGCGCGGGGGUCCUCGGUCGGCGAUUAGCCGUUAUGUGGGCCUCUACGGGCCGGCCCGUCAUACUCCACGACGUUGACUCGAGCGUGCUUUCCUCUGCGAUGCCGUACGUUGGGGAUGCGCUUACUACAGUUUGUGCUGUUCGGGAGACACAUCCGGGCCGAGUAACGACAAGCACUGUUUUAGAGGAAUCGUGCAGUGGAAACCCCUGGAUGGUCAUUGAAGCUCUCCCCGAAGAUCCAGAGAUCAAGCGUGAGAUGCUGGGUAAAGUCGACGCGCUCGUUCCCGAGGACUGCAUUCUGGCUUCCAACAGCUCAACGUGGCCGACGUCAGCUCUAAGACAUCUGAUUACCAGGCCGGAGCGCCUGCUGAACACGCACUACCAUCUACCGCCGCGAAACACAUACGUCGAGCUCAUGACUUGCGGCGUCACAGACCAAGAUCUCAUGCCUUUCCUGAAGAAGCAAAUGCAGAGUGUGGGCUUCAACCCCCUGGCUCUUCCCCAUGAAUCAGUCGGCUUCGUCUUCAACCGGAUAUGGUCCGCCGUCAAGUCAGACACGCUACGCAUCCUACAGGCGGAACUAGCUUCACCCCGGGAUAUUGACGCCCUCUUCAGAGACUUCUUCCACGCCGAGAAAGGGCCCUGUGAGAAGAUGGACGAGGUCGGGCUGGACACUGUGUGGCAGGUUGAAAGGAACAGGGUGAACAUGGGGGUCGUGGAUGCAAAGAAGGCCGGGUACACUGACUGGCUGGAGGAGAACUACAUUUCUAGGGGGAGGCUUGGGGAGAAGACGGGAGAUGGGCUGUACUCGGCCGAGGAGAGGAAGAUCUUGCGUGAGAAGAGGGCCCAGGCGAAGAGCUCGUAUCUGAAGUUGCGCCGAUGA